CCCAGCCCAUCAGCAGCGCCAGGUCCACGGUAAACCCUUUUGCCUAGUCCGUGUACUGCGGCAACGCACAUCGCCCACUCGUCAAAAGAUUCCCCCGCACCGGCGAUCUCGAUCUCGAUCCCGAUCCCGUUCCCGUUCCCGAUCGAACGCGACCUCGAAGCUCUCUCCCUCCUCCGAUUCCGAUCCCCUCCGAGGAGGUAGUUUUUUGAUGGGCUUGUGGACGCUGCUCGAGGGAUUUUUGCUUAUAGCGAAUGCAUUAGCCAUAUUGAACGAGGAGCGGUUCCUUGCACCGAGAGGAUGGAGCUUCUCUGAGGUCACAUCGGGUGGGCGGGCAAAGACCCUGAAGGGCCAGCUCAUAGGACUUAUUUAUGCAACCCAGUACCUGAGGGUUCCUUUAAUAAUUCUAAAUGCUAUCAUAAUUCUUGUCAAGUUGGUUUCUGGCUAGUUUUUGAGUUGGAGAAUAGUAGUCUCGUGGUUGCAGCAAUGCUUGAACUAUAUUGUCCUUGAAUUGUGCGGCAACUUGUGUGAUUUUUUAGAUGUUAUGAUUUGUUGAGACUGCACUCAUUGUUUUGCCAGGAUGGUUUUGUAUACUUAAUCGUGAUUUGUAUAGCUGAACCUCUUCUACCACAUAUGAUUCAGGUACCAUUUAGUUUGAACUGAGCAUAUUCUUUUA